GUCAAAGAGAAAUGGCGGAUCAGCUCACCGAAGAUCAGAUCUCUGAGUUCAAGGAAGCCUUCAGUCUUUUUGACAAGGACGGAGAUGGUUGUAUCACAACUAAGGAACUUGGAACUGUAAUGCGGUCAUUGGGGCAGAACCCAACUGAGGCUGAGCUUCAAGACAUGAUCAAUGAAGUUGAUGCUGAUGGAAAUGGGACCAUUGAUUUUCCAGAGUUCCUUAACCUGAUGGCUCGCAAGAUGAAGGACACUGAUUCUGAGGAGGAGCUCAAGGAAGCUUUCAGAGUGUUUGACAAGGAUCAGAAUGGAUUCAUCUCCGCAGCUGAGCUUCGUCAUGUCAUGACAAACCUAGGCGAAAAGCUUACUGAUGAAGAGGUUGAUGAGAUGAUUCGUGAAGCUGAUGUGGAUGGCGAUGGGCAGAUCAACUACGACGAGUUCGUCAAGGUUAUGAUGGCCAAGUGAGAACUGAUCAAUCCAACAUACUCUUUAGAAGUAAAAAUACAAAAGAGAAGGAAACGGAGCAGAUAAGUUUGUGAGAUUUCUAUUCCAAAUUAGGACGUGUUCUUUGUGUUAUUACCUUUGUCUCGGUGCUUGCCUACUUUCCAAUUCACAUGGUUAUGUAGUUCUGUUCUCCAGUAUAUCCUGUUUGCCCUGUUCCUUGUCUUAGUAGUUUGGGUUGUUAGCAACUUCUAGUAAUUUCUCCUGAAUUCGGUAUUGUGAAACUAUGACGUGUCAAACUUUUUUGUUUUGUAUUCUAUGUGACUAAUUUCGUCGA